AUGGGUAUCGUGACAAUCUGUCAUUUUCAAAAAUUCCCGCGAAUCUUUGUCGAAAAAUCAUUGGAAAAUAUUCCUUAUCAAGAAGAUUAUCCAGAUGAUCGGGAUGAUAAUCUAUGGAUUACAAUUGAUAAUUAUAAACCACCGAAAACACAAAUUGAAUGGGAAGAAACAUGUUUCUUAGAUAAAUCAUUUCAUGGAUAUUAUACUUGGCCUAAACGAAUCAGAUAUUCAUUAAAUAAACGCGAACAUUAUACACAGAAUAAUAUGAUAGAAUCAGCAAAUCUCAUUUACAAUCGUUUUAUAAACAAAGAUUUUGUCAUUCAAGUUAUACAAAUGAUGAUUUUAGAUGAAAAAAAUGAAUUUAAUAAAACUCAAUUUACGAUGUUCAAAGUAGUUUUUAAAUAA